CCAUUCGCUAUGGCGGUGCUGCAUCACCUCAGUCUGUGCUGAUCGUGCAACAGGUGUUAGGUGCCGUUGUUUUUUGCGUGCGUUUCGGCGCCGAUAAGCAACCGCGUCUGUUGAAACUGUAGUGCGUGCGUGCGUGUUACGUUUUGUGUGCUUUGACGUAUCUCGGAACCUCAAAAGUGGAUCAGCGGCGUCAUACACGUGGGCGCCAUCGAAAGAUUUUUAUUCCGGUUCUCUGUCCUCCUUGUGGGGGAAAGUUACGCAGAUUUAUCGUGGACGUAAAUAAAGUGCGUGUGUUUUGAUUUUCAAAAGUGUAUGAUAAAUUAUUAAUCGAGUUGACCGCCAAGUGUAAAACCAUUGUAAAACUACUGUGUAAUAUACACUAUAUGUGAAUAAUAUGAGAAAAAGAUGACGUCGCUGAUUCAGAGGGACUUUGGGUCCCAGAGGAAGAGGGAGUCCACCAGCAGUACAGCGUCCAGCUAUUUAUUGCUGCUUAAUUCUCUGGCGACUGAUUUGGACUGCAUGCUGAGCGAGCUCUGCACGACCCAGGAUUCUUACGAACGGAGCGAUGUCUUCCUGGAGCCAUACUUGCAGCAACACGGGACCGUUCAAAUGGUCAGCUCACCGAGCACCCCGCCGCCGAAUCCACUGCAGCAUCAUCAACUUACGCAGCUACAUCAUGUACAGAGCGAAGAAUCGCUUUCAUCAGAAGAAUCAGCUACUUCGGCAGGAUCUUCAAGAUCUACGGAAGAUUCUGGUAGCGAAGUCGCUUGCGAUAUUACCCUAAUCGAAAGGCUCAUACGCUCUCAUCCGAUCUGGUUCUUGCCGGGCAUCCAGAGAGCCGGAGCCUUUCACUUGUUGCAGGGCAAAGAGGAAGGGAACUUCGUAGUACGACAAUCGAGUCAGAGCGAUACAAUGGCUCUCUCAGUGAGAUUACCUGUCGGGAAAGGACCCUACAUUGAGCAUUACCUGAUCCAGGCCAACAAGGGCAAACUGAGCUUGGAAACGAGCGAGAACAGAUUCGACAAUAUCCCCUCGCUGAUUGCUCACUACUCACAGUGCUGUGAUGAACUACCAGUGCAAUUGACUUUACCAAGAGCGAUGCGAGAAGCGAAAAAUAGGCAGCAAUUAUCGUCGCUAGCGUUGUUGGGUCAGGAAUUUUGGCGAUAUCCGAUGGCAAAUCCAAAGCCACCGGAAAGCAGUAGCAGCAAUACUUCUAGUCUGAGUAGUUUUCAUGGGGGUAACAAUAACCAUCACAUUAACAAUAAUAAUAACGGAGAUACGCCAACCACGGAGAGUAUAGUGCUUAAUCUGGCCCCAAUAUCGUCGCAUAAUAUACACUCCGCUUCUCCGACGAAUACUGUCAACGCAAACACCUCGACAUUUGCGUCGUCGUUGCCGCGUCAACCACGUCCAACUCCACCGAAUACUCUCAAUCUGACAACAUUCAACGAACCCUUGAAUGAUAACAAAAGGGACCGGAUCUCAUCAGGUGACAAACUCUCUCACAAACUGAUCUCGCCAAAUCUCGUGCAAAGUGUGCGGUGUCCUUCGCCGGUGGUCCACAACGUCGAAAGCAACGUUUUGAGUCCUGUUCAGGAUAUGAGAAGUUUUGACAUUUUAAAGAAUGGUCUAGAUACACCAAAACUGACGACGGUCGAGUUUACCAAAAGUUCAGGGAAGUUCGCGUCUACUUCGAGUUUUCAUCAGAACAACUUAUCGUGUACCGCAUCUCCAGAAUUAUCGGAUAGUAGAAAUAUCAUCACCAUUGAGAAUCAAGGAGCUAGGCAAAAUGUGAAGACGCCACCACCGCCGCCGCCAAGGUGGGCCAAGCCAGGCAUCGGUCAGAAUCAGAAUAAUUUUACUGUGACUACGACGGUGACGUUCAAUGUAAACCAGAGCAAUGUGAUUGCUUCACAGCAAAACACACCGUCGGAUCCCAAUUCGUCGCUGCUGAGUCCUCAAUCUAAUAAAUCUCUCAAUUCCAAUUUUUCCAUUAAAUCACCCCUUUCGCCCACCACUUCGGUUGUAUCCCCCACCUCAAAGUUAAUUCCAAAGACACCCAACAUGCUCUCUCCAAAUACUCCUUCUAGCACCAGUAAAUCAAAAAGGCGACGCGAUCGGGAGAACCGGAAAAACUCGCAACAUUAUCAGGAAUCAGAUAUCUUGGAUUCAUAUUAUCGGAGCUCACCGGCUGAUAAGAUUUCCGAUUACGAAGACAUCUGGAACACGACUGAUCAAUCGACACAGUCGACCUGGAAUAGGUUAAAAGAUAACAGAGUUGCCUGCACUAUGCAAGAUUGUGUGAGAAAUUCUAAUGACCAUCUAAUGAGUCCCAGAGAAUCCGAAAAGAGUCUUAUCAAUGAAAGAUUGCCAGCGGCAGAACAGAUGAUUCUGAAGAACGACAGGUUUAUCUUAAAAAACAAUAAAAUUGGAUAUAAAGAAAUGAUGAGUCCGGAAUUUAGUAGUUUUAAGCCUGUUUCGGAGAUGAAAAGUCCUGACCAGAGCUCGCCGGAGGAGACUGGUAUGGGGAAGAGGCCUGAUCUGCUAUCUAGAGUCUGCAGUGCCAAUUCGUUAAACAGCCCCAGCACGGUGACACCCCCGAGAAACAAAUUGGGCCUCGUUUUGGCGAAGUCGGAGAGUAACAGUCCCCAGACCCCCGAGUCUAAACAGAGCAGUCCCUUCUACGCGGAACCGGCUGAUGCGAUUGUUCAAAAUGCUAUUGUAAUUCCGAGAAGACGACCAACCAAAAAUAAUCCGGCGUUGAACAAGUACCGGCACAGCGAACCGGGUUGGUUACAAACACCGACAGGGAAUAAUGCUAAUCAAUUGCAUCCCAUUGAUUGCUGGGAAGAGCCCUCCGAAGAAACGGAGGAUAAGACGCCAUUAAUCUCGUCGUCAGUCGACAACCUAGCGAAAAGAUUGGCUCAAGCUAAAGAGACGAAGAAAAUUCCUCGGGCGAAACCCGUUCAACCACCGAAGAUCAGGACUAAAGUGUUUAACGACACUUCUUGGGCGGUAGAUUCUAGUUGGGAGUUUAUCGGCAAUGAGGCCGAAGAACCAGAUUGUGAACCAGACUAUGACUGUGAUGCCGAUUAUGAUGGCGACAAUGUCGCAAGAAAAUUCCCCGGUGACGAGGAGUGCAAUAAAACCACUGUUGGAAACACUUUGACUGUUCAAAAUAUCAUCUCGCAACGGUACCCGGAACUGCUGAAGCCGCCUGAUACGUCCGAGUCAUUAUACAGCGACCGGAACUCCUCGUAUGACAAUGUGGAAAAACGGAAUGUGGAGCGCGAGGAUACCCCAGACUCACGGAAAGGUCACACGUACGACCCUUCUGAGUGGGAAACUAUGCUGGACACAGAUGCAGAGAGUGACGUAGAAAGGAUCAAACGAAACAAGAGUUUUAAGGAACGGCUGGAUCCUCUCUUGUCACCGCCACGAGUGCAAGCGCUUUCAAAAAAUCGUGACCAGCUAAAUGGGACUGGUGCAGCUAUUAGAGUUUAUGCUCUUCAGCUUGCGGCAGACAAGACUACAACUUUCUCGCAGAAUAUCGACAAUUUUAUUCAAUGUACACGAGAGAGCAAGGAGGCGAUGCCGCAUGUGGUGAUGCGCAAUAUGCGGCAGUUUAUGUCAGGUAUGAAGAAUUAUCUGGUAAAGCACGGCGAGCGCGAAUUUGAGAGGGAAGUGGAAAAGCAGCGACUGAAAUUACGACCGAAUGAGUUCCUAAAUCUUGACGCCAUUCUCGAGGACGUAAUGAUGGGGUUGGUUGUGAGGCCACUGCGGGAACACGUGUGCCGGCUGUUUAUCGAACAUUAUUUUGCCACCGGUGCGCUGCAGAUCCUGACGGAGAACAUUCAGCAUGCCCAGGGCAAAACUAUUCACGAUCUCGGUGUUCAGUCCAAAAUCGUACCUCCUUCGGAAGAGAGUCUGGAGCGCAUUCUCAAAUACAUCGAGCGAUUGCAGAGAGCUGAUUCUCCGCUUGAGAAACUGGAGCACCUAUUGGCAGCCAUUUCAGCUAUCUUCAACUCUGUAAGUUCUUCUAUAAUCUUCCUCAAACGUAUUACUGUUCGUAUGAACAUAGACAUUAUACAGUAUACUUUCUACCCCCCUUCCCCCAAUAUACCUUCAGUAUUCAUCAAUAUUUUAUUCAAUGUCUCGUGGACGUCUGCAAUAAAACAGGAAGGACGUUGCUACUUGGAACCUGUCCUGAAAGAAUAA